AUGCGCGCAGGUAUAGAGUCCAUUUGUACGCAAUGUACUCCCAACGUCUUACAUUUUGAGACGGAGGAAGUAUCAUGGAACAGCUGACGAGCUCGAGCACUUGGCACGGACAAUGCAUGCUGCUGCUUGUAACCGUCGUUUCUGCGACCGUGUUAUUACUGACCGCUGCUGCAAUAAUCGGAAGCGGUGUUACUGGAAAAAAAAGCGGGGGCAUGUGAGCUCGGGAUCAAGAGAGCACUUGCGCGCUAUACGAGACUAUGCUUCGGGAGCAGAAUCUGAAAAACUAACGGUCACGGUCAGCACGCACUGGUUGGCCGAGCGGCUGGGCUGUUGCUGUGCUAUAGCCCCUGGUCGUUAUCCAGCAGCCGCAGGACGGAAGUUGCAAAGCUGGAGCCAAAACCAACAGCUAGCCAAACGAAAACCGGGGCACCCUGCCGGUGCCGCCCCCUCCGGUUUUGGCCGCUCUCUCGCUCUCUGCCGGCAUGCCAAUAUAUACGCCCCUCGAUCGCGCUGCUCAUCGGCUCAUACUACAUAGCAGACCUGCCGACCAAGACCCUCUUACAUCAGCUUUGUUCCUUGCACUGUCUGCUGGCAAUGGCGGAGGCCAAGGCUGCACCUGCAACGGCGGAGGGCAGCGGUGGGAGGAAGACGGUGGUGCUGGUGGCCGUGGACGACAGCGACCACAGCAACCGCGCGCUCGAGUGGGCCGUGCGGCACGUGGCGACGGCCGGCGUGGCGGCGGCCGAGCUCGUCGUCGUCCACGCCAAGCCGCCCGCGUCCUCCGUCGUCACCUUCGGCAGCCCCGCCGCCGCCGGGGACGUGGUGAGGGUGGUGGACGCGGACCUGCGCAAGAGGGCCGAGGACGUCGUCGACAGGGCGCGCCGCCUCUGCGUCGCCAACUCGGUGCAUGGUCUGAUAGAGGUGAUGGAAGGAGAGGCGAGGUACGUGCUCUGCGACGCCGUAGACAAGCACCACGCCGACCUGCUCGUCGUCGGCAGCCAUGGCUACGGUGCCAUCAAGAGGGCAUUUCUCGGGAGCGUGAGCGACUACUGCGCCCACCACGCGCACUGCUCCGUCAUGAUUGUCAAGCAGUCCAAGUCCAAGAAAUGAUAGCGUCAUUGUGGUGCCGAGCUUGUUGUAUCUCUUAGUAAAAUCCAGAGUUCUGUGUGCGUGAAAAGUGAUGUCAAAAAGAUAUGUGUAAACAGUGUCGCAAAACUGAACCAAUACCUCAAAUCCAGGUUAUAUUUUCAGCA